AGGAGCAUGGGUAAGAUCUCGCUUUACGGCCUGGACGCCAGUCCACCCACUCGGGCUUGUCUGCUCACCCUGAAGGCCCUGGACCUGCCCUACGAGUACAUAUUCGUGAAUCUGUUCGAGAAGGAGAACUACGGCGAUGAGUACUCGAAGAAGAACCCCCAGCACACGGUUCCCCUCCUGCAGGACGAUGAGGCCUACAUCUGGGACUCGCACGCCAUCAUGGCCUACCUGGUGGAGAAGUACGCCGCCAGCGAUGAGCUUUACCCCAAGGAUCUGCUUCAGCGGGCCAAGGUGGACCAGCUGAUGCACUUCGAGUCGGGAGUGGUGUUCGAGGGUGCCCUCCGCCGGCUCACCCGUCCGGUCCUCUUCAACGGAGAGCCCACCCUGCCCCAGAAACAGGUGGAUCACGUCACCCAGAUUUACGAUUUUGUGGAGUCCUUCUUGGAGCACGACUAUCUGGCUGGCGACCAUGUGACCAUUGCCGACUUCAGUUUGGUGUCCACCAUAACCUCUAUUGGGGUGUUCCUGGAAAUGGACGUGGCCAAGUACCCAAAGAUUGAAGCCUGGCUGGAGAGGCUGAAGGAGUUGCCCUACUACGAGGAGGCCAACGGCAGUGGAGCCGCCCAGUUUGUGGAUCUCUUGAGGUCCAAGAACUUUACGGUUGUGCCCUAGAUUCUAG